AUGUCUCGAUCACAAACCAAAGAACAGCCAACACCCCUCGACCCAACAUCCGAAUGGCGCGCCUGGCAAGCCCUCAGCAUAAUGUACACAGUCCUGCUCAACCGCCAAAUCCAACGCCGCUGGCUCCUCGAACAACAAUGCAUGGCUGAUAGACCAAUCUCACAACGCUUCCGACCUGUUCUAUUCCUAGAACCUGUCCCAACCCUCCACAAGCCGGUGCCUGCCACCGUCCCCUCAUCAACCAAUACCAGAUGCAAAUGCCAAACAAACCAAGCGUACAACCCGCACAACCCCCAAACAAUGUCCACCCUCCGCAAAAAAGUCCACCUUCUCCGCGCACGCGUGGAAAAGGGAAAAGAACUAGCCUCUGAAAUCGAGCGCCGCAUGAUCCAGACAAAUCCUCGUACCCGGUAUCCCACGCAUUUCUGCUAUACGUGCGUUGGAGACGGUGAGGAUGUGGAUGUUCUCUUGACGAAGUGCGGGCAUCGGGUUUGUAGGACUUGUCUUGAGUUUGGGGUUGAGGAUGGGGUUUAUGAGUGUUCUAUUUGUUUUUUGCCUGCUGAGUUUGUGGCACGCAGCCCGCUUGGUUCGUUGAGGUCUUGUUCGGAGGAGGUUUCGGCUACUGUUUCUAAUGGGGCUUCUAGGAGUUUGGGGAGUGCCAGUGAGGUGGUUUCUUCGAGCUCUUCUUCUUUUGGAGUUAAUGGUAGUAAUGCUGGUGGGAAACAUAAGAAGGGUGGGCAUAAUGUGAGGUUUUCUUGUCCGACUGUGUAA